CCACAGCACUAGCCAAUCGAUCCACAAUAAUCCUCUCUUCCCAGACCUUGAAGAAGCUUCAACAACUGGCCAUGGCUGCCAAAACCCCAAGCUCGUGGUGCUUUAGUUUCCUAAAGGAAGCUCUGAUCCUCCCCACGCGAAACCCUAAGCUCUUCACGCCGGUGUUCCUUGUGUUGGCCGUCGCCACCUUCCUUGCCCGCUCAGUCCAUGUCGUGUUCAUCCAGCCUCUCGUCGACGACAUGGUCAGGUCCAUCUAUCUCAUCGAGAUGAGGAACACCGGCUUCUCCUGCGGAGAGGGUGCCAAGCUCGAAGAGGGCGCCAUAAAGAUCAUGCUAAUCUCCAUCGCCCAAGUGAUCCUCAUGCUGGCGCUUGGCUUCGUCAAGAAGGCUCUCGCCUUCUUCGCGGCCUCCACGACCUACUCCGGCGACCGCUACUCGCUGGCCGAGCUCGUCCGCAAGGUGAUCUGCAAGGGGAACACCCUGAAGGGCCCUGCUAUCACCUUCGCCGUGGUCACCGCGCUCGACCUGGCGUGGACGGCCGUACUGGUCGCCAUGCGUGCUGGUACUGCCGUGAUGAUGCGCGGUGGGCAGUCGCGGGUCCUCUCCGUCCAGGGCCUCGUCUUCCUCCUCACGCUCCUCGCCGAGCUAUGCUUCGCCGUCCUCGCGCUGGUGAGCGUUGCCGCGUCGGUGGUCGACGGGGAGCGCCGCGGCGUGCGCGCGCUCAGGCAGGCGUGGCGGCUCAUGACGCGGGUGAGGAGGAAGGAGGGCCUCCUGCUGGUGCUCCUGACGUAUCUCCUGCCCACCGUCGUGGCUCCGGUGUACCGGGCUGCUCUUGUGUACUCGAGGAGGAGCAUGGCGGCGGGCCUGUGCGUGCUCGCUGGGUAUGCUUUUAUGUUCGGUGCGCUGCAGCUGGUCUAUCUGGCGGCGGCCACGGUGUUCUACUACGAAGCCAUGGAGAGGAAGGAGGUGGUGCCUUGUGACCAGGGGCGAUUUUACCGUACGGGCACCCUGGGCACGUGCCCGGGCUCGACGGCGCGUUUAGAUGAACUCCAGCGAGCUAUCCAAGCCGCCAGAAUCGUUUAACAUGUUGAAAUACGCUGGAAAAUCGCGAAAUAACGUUGGAAACAAACGAACUGCGCUAUC